CAGAACAGAGAGAUCUCCUCGCGUCAGUGGGGGAGACGAAGGGGCCGUCGCGUCGCAGCACGCGCCACCGACAUGGCGUCGUCGUCCAAGACCUCGGACUCAUCCUCCCAGCGCUCUAAGCGGCCGGAUCAGGGGAUGGGUAGGGACGCCGCUGCCGUCUCGGUCGUGGCGCUCAACGGGAAGCUGAAGCAGCUGAAGCUCCAAGUCCAAUCCGGGCGCCUCGCCUACAUCAAGGAGAAGAUCGAGGCGAACAGGAAGACGCUGCAGAGGCACACCUGCGCGCUGUUCGACGUGGCGGCGGCGUCGGAGGCGGCGUCGAGGGGCACGGAGGGCGGCAAUGCGCUGUCGCAGCGCGCCGCCGAGGGACAGUCCAGGCUCGUGGGGUCGGACCUUGCGAACGGGCCGGUGGAGAGGGAAGUGGUAUACGUGCAGGAGGAGGAGAACAUGGCUGCCGGAACGCUUGUGCCCUCAAGCUCCUGCGGUGCCGCGCAUAGGACCGUCGUGCGGUUCGUGAAGCUGCCGUUGGUUGAAAGGAUCCCUCCGUACACCACGUGGAUCUUCCUGGACAAAAACCAGAGAAUGGCAGAAGAUCAGUCAGUUGUUGGUAGGAGGAGAAUUUACUAUGAUCCACUUGGCAAUGAGGCUCUGGUCUGCAGUGAUAGCGAUGAUGAGAUUCCGGAACCAGAGGAAGAUAAACAUCUUUUCACAGAAGGAGAAGAUCAAUUGAUAUGGAAAGCUACUCAAGAGCAUGGGUCAAGCCUAGAGGUUGUAAAUGUUCUCUGCCAGUUUAUUGAUGCAACUCCUUCAGAAAUUGAGGAAAGGUCUGAAGUUCUAUUUGAGAAAAAUGAGAAGCACUCUGGAUUGUCUGAUAAGAUAGAUAGUCAACUUUCUCUUGACAAGACUAUGGAUGUGGUUUUAGAUUCUUUUGAUAAUCUUUUCUGCCGCAGAUGUUUGGUUUUUGACUGCCGUCUCCAUGGUUGCUCUCAGAGCUUAGUAUUCCCAAGUGAGAAGCAACCCUAUGGCUUUGAACUUGAUGAAAACAAGAGAUCAUGUGGUGAUCAUUGCUACCUUCAUGUAUGUCUCCCCUCAAGAUUUACAACCGUAUCCACUAACACAAUUCUUCUUUUUGUGCAAUCUCAAAGGAGAGAAGGAUUUCAAGAGAUAUACGAUGAUGAUCAUGAUGAUUGUGCAACAUAUACUACGGAAUCAAGAGCCGCCCCACACAAAGUUGGUGUUAAUAUACUGUCUGAGUCAGAAGAUUCAAACCGAGAGGAAGACAACAUUAAGUCCAGUACAUUUGUUGGAACCAGCGGAUCAAAAAUAGUUUGUUCUGCCAGUGCUGAAAAAAUCACUACACCAUCCUCUGGGAAUACUUCUGAAACUGAAAAUGUAUCCUCUGAUUUAGCUCUCGGUGUUUUAGGGAAGCGCAAGAUUUCAAAGCAUGGACCCAUGUAUAGGGAUCAUUCUCCUGGUAAAAAGCAGAAUGUUCUCACUGAGGAUAUUUCUUUUGUAAGCAAUAUACUGAACAAGCAUUGCAUGCCGGAGAUUGGUCAUGCAAGACUAGACUCCAGAGAAUCUGGAGGCGAUCAAGUACCAAGUUUUUAUGACUCCAAAAAUAAAAUUUCUAGCAAAAUUAUAUGUGGUGGAAGCCCAACUAGUACUACUGAAAACGUGUUAAGAGACAGUAAUAAAGUAUCUUCAACAAAGAAUUUGUUCAGCUCUAGUAGGAAGCACACUCUAUCUCGUUGGAGUACCUUGGAGAGGGAUUUAUACUUGAAGGGUAUUGAGAUAUUUGGAAAGAACAGUUGUCUAAUAGCUAGAAACCUACUUUCUGGCUUGAAGACCUGCAUGGAAGUGGCGAGUUACAUGUAUAACAAUGGCGCAACUAUGGGAAAGAGACCUCUCUUGAGUAAAUCCAUAUUCGGCGACUUUGCGGAGACUGAACAAGAUUACAUGGAGCAAGACAUGGCUGCAAGAACAAGAAUCUGCCGUCGGAGGGGCCGAAAUCGAAAACUGAAAUAUACCUGGAAGUCUGCAGGGCAUCCAACUGUUAGGAAAAGAAUUGGUGACGGGAAGCGAUGUUACACACAGUAUACACCAUGUGGGUGCCAACAAAUGUGUGGGAAAGAUUGCCCCUGUGUGGAUAACGGAAGUUGCUGUGAGAAGUACUGUGGGUGUUCCAAGAGCUGCAAAAACAAGUUUCGAGGUUGUCAUUGUGCAAAAAGUCAAUGCAGGAGCAGACAAUGCCCAUGUUUUGCUGCCAGCCGUGAAUGUGAUCCGGAUGUUUGCAGGAACUGCUGGGUGAGCUGUGGAGAUGGUUCACUUGGCGAACCACCAACAAGAGGCGAUGGUUAUCAGUGUGGAAACAUGAAGCUCCUUUUAAAACAACAGCAAAGGAUUUUGUUAGGAAGAUCCGAUGUUGCAGGUUGGGGUGCAUUCAUUAAGAACCCUGUAAAUAAAAAUGAUUAUCUUGGAGAAUACACUGGUGAAUUAAUCUCUCACAAAGAAGCAGACAAGCGUGGUAAAAUAUAUGACCGGGCAAACUCGUCAUUUCUGUUUGAUUUAAAUGAUCAGUAUGUAUUGGAUGCUUGCCGCAAGGGGGACAAAUUAAAGUUCGCAAAUCACUCAUCUAACCCCAACUGCUAUGCAAAGGUGAUGCUGGUGGCUGGCGACCAUCGGGUUGGUAUCUAUGCAAAGGAACAUAUUGAGGCGAGCGAGGAACUCUUUUACGAUUAUCGUUAUGGACCUGACCAGGCUCCAGCCUGGGCUAGGAGACCAGAAGGAUCGAAGAAGGACGAAGCAUCUUUCUCUCACCAUCGAGCACACAAAGUUGCUUGAUAGUUGAAGAGUAGCUCCGGAUGGUACAAUCUGCUAUAAGUCAUAUGAUAAUUAAUACAUGAUUUAGUUGUAAUUAAUUAUACAAGGACCAUUUGUUGGUAUAAUAAACAUAUUAUAUAUUUCUAAGUAAAUAAAUAAACUCACAUCGAGUUUGCAAAUAAACGAAAAUAAACAUUUGUGUAUU